CCAACACACAAUAAAUGAAAAGUUAACCGAAACUUGUAUCUAUCUAUCUAUUAUAAGCUGUAAGUAAUCAUAAAGCGUGAGCAUACCACCGGAAGAAAGGGAACGACCACCGCCGGCGGUUUUACUCUCGCCAUUCAACGGUACGAAUCGAUAGGGUUUUGGAUCCACCGAUCGUUCGAUCGAUCCUGUGUAUCAAUCUAUUUAUCAAGGCCAUAGAUCCAGCUAUCAUCUAGCAAGCAAAGAUUCACUUUUUAUCUAGAUUUCUUCUGAAAUUACUUAUUUGUAGUCGUGACAAUGAAGAAUGGCGAGCGUGCCGCAAACAUUGCUCUAGCAGGUCUAACAUUGGCACCAUUAGUUAUAAAAGUAGAUACAAAUGUAAAUGUCAUAUUGACUGCAUGCCUCACAGUUUUCGUGGGUUGCUACCGUUCUGUCAAGCCCACACCUCCUACUGAGACAAUGUCUAAUGAGCAUGCAAUGCGUUUUCCCUUAGUUGGCAGCGCAAUGUUGUUGUCUUUGUUCUUGCUCUUUAAAUUUCUAUCAAAAGACUUGGUCAACGCAGUGCUGACAGGCUACUUUUUUAUACUCGGGAUCAUCGCUCUUUCGGCUACACUCUUACCUGCAAUUGCUCGGUUUCUACCAAACAAGUGGAAUGAUGAUCUCAUAACAUGGCGUUUACCGUAUUUCCGCUCUGUUGAGAUCGAGUUCACAAGGUCUCAAGUUGUUGCUGCUAUUCCUGGUACAUUUUUUUGUGCAUGGUAUGCUGCACAGAAGCAUUGGCUCGCUAACAACAUAUUGGGUCUUGCAUUUUGCAUUCAGGGAAUCGAAAUGCUCUCUCUUGGCUCUUUCAAGACUGGUGCCAUUCUGUUGUCUGGACUUUUUGUGUAUGAUAUAUUCUGGGUCUUCUUCACACCUGUGAUGGUCAGCGUUGCUAAAUCAUUUGAUGCACCUAUCAAGCUUCUAUUUCCAUCUAGAAUUGCCGCACGCCCCUUUUCCAUGCUUGGUUUAGGGGACAUUGUAAUUCCAGGAAUUUUUGUAGCUUUGGCACUGCGAUAUGACGUGUCAAGAGGGAAAGAAAGCCACUACUUCAAAAGUGCUUUUCUAGGAUACACAGUUGGUUUGGUCUGUACAAUUGUUGUCAUGAACUGGUUUCAAGCCGCACAGCCGGCUCUGUUAUACAUUGUACCGGGAGUUAUCGGGUUUUUGGCUGCUCAUUGCCUGUGGAAUGGAGAGGUCAAACCGUUAUUGGAGUUUAAUGAGUCAAAAGCAGCUAGUUCAGAAGAGGAAACAAGCAGCAAGAAAGUGGAGUGAGUUGUGGAAAGGAUAUAGGAUUUUUACAUUAGGUUUUCCUCUAACUUAUGCAGUUUUCAUAGACAUUUACUAGAUUUUUGCAAUCAUCCUUUUGAAUCUUAAUUUUCGUAGACUUUUGAACUGUCUUGUUUCAUAUUCCAUCGCAAUUUACUUAUUCUUUUUGAAACA